AUGGCUAAAAUCGAAGCUCUGUUUUGUGUAUGUCUGUUGGCUGGUUUAACAGCACCGUUCUUUGGGGAAUCUACUACGACCGACAAUUCGUGCCAUUCCAAAGACCUAACUGGCAGAGAAAAGCAAGUUGGACAAAAGUAUCUGCAAAAUAAUAAUCGGCGGGAAAUCUCAACUGGAGAGCAGGAAUUGUCGGCUUUUCAAAUAUCAUCUACCCAGGCAACCACGCACACGGAAACUGGUGACGAGGAAAUGUCUGCUCUAGAUACACCGUCAAUCCAAGCGACAGCACUUACGCAGGACAUGGAGCAGGAAGGGUCGACUUCUACUGCGUCAUCCCACGUGACCUCUCUUAUGCCGACUGCAGAGCGAAAGGUUUCGAAUUUUGCUACAGUCGCAACGCAGGCGACCGCGUCAUUCCCGACUAGAGAGCAAGAGCUGACUGCUUUCCCUACAACGUCACCUCAAACGACAUCACCUUUCCAGAACAAUAAACAGGAAGGGUCUGCUUUACCCCAGGUGAAAUUUCCUACGCCCGCCGGAGAGCAGGAAUUAUCGUUUCCGUCUGCAACCACACUCCAGGCACCAAAGUCUUCCCAGGCUGAAGAGCAGCAAUUGUCGACUUCUCAAACGGCGUCAAUGAUGGCGUUCUUUAUCUUACUCUCCGGCGUGGCUUUAUUUUUGUUAUCAAUAUUAAUAAAGCACGUCGUUGUCUACAGUUUGAAGUAUCUGACUCCGUGUAGUGGAUCCUCCAACGUAAAUGAAGGCCCGUCUAAGCAUAAUGAGCAGCUAGUCUCCUUCCGCCAAGGAGAGCAUAGUAACAGCUACCAGGAAGAUGAUUUCGAAGAAUUUGAGAUGGAGUGUCUUCAUCCCGUUCAAGUGCCGCCAUCCAGUUCCAAUAUCCCUUCCGGUGGAAACUGGAAGUCUUUCACCCUUUGA